AUGGGUGAAACGACUGCAGUGACCAGCGGGGAUAUUGUUUAUGACAAGUUCCACUUCAGACAUGACCCAAAAUGGAGCGGCCGCCUCGGGCCCGCAGAGGGUGGCGGACUGCUGCUCUGUGUGGCCUGUGUCAUGGAAAUGAUGGAGAGCGACGAUAUAGCGUCUGUGAGGAAGUCUUCUGCCUUGUCUGGUGUCAGUGGGGUGUUGAAGUGUUGUCCCGGAGCCCUAAGAGAGCUGCUCCGACAGGAUCACAGAGUCUCUCUGCAUUUUACGGCUACAUUGUUGGGGAUGCUUCAAACUGUGGAGGACCCUGUCACUCUAGAAAAGGUUGACCAAGUGCUGAUUCAGCUGCUUGUGGAGCUGCAGAGCGAGCUGUCAUUCCGCUUUGUUUUGGACGAGAUCCACAAACAGCUGAGUGACCAGCACACUGUGAAGCGUUUCCUGCCAACCUUCAGUUUCUUAGGGAACCUUGUGAAAGCGGUACCUAAUGUGGCCCACAGCCUCGUGACUCAGUAUGUGCCCCUGCUGGACCACCUGUGCUCAGCCAUGCUUUACCCAGAUGAAGCAUUUAAGACUUCAGUUUUAUAUGUGUGGCUCCAGCUGCUCGGGACACCCGGGGGCUCAAUCACCCAGGCCUUGCCAACUGGCAUCAGAGACAGGUUGUGUGUCCUGUUGCUGCAGACCUUAGCCAACGCCGACUCUCCACAGCUCAUCAGAAAUUGUCUAGGGCUGCUGUGGCAGCUAGUGCAGCUGGGCGAGGCAGUGUCAGUCCUGAUGAACAGCCCAGGCGCUCAGAUGAUGUGCAGUGAGAACGAGGACAUCCUCGCCAACAACAGCCAGACCCUCAGCCAAAACCAAGAGCAACAGCCAUCCGACCGCUGCCCUCUGCCUCUCAUACUGAAAAAGUUGCUGCUGAGUGGUGAUGAGAUGCUACAGGUGACCAGUGCUAAGUGUAUGGCAGCUGUUCUGGUUCAUUCUCCCAGUCAGUACAGCGCUCCCUUCAUCAAGGCUGAUGUGCCAGAGUUUCUGUUUGACUGUCUGGCGUCUACUAGUUGUGAGGCACUGCUGUGGUCUGUCUACAGCUGUUUGCUGCUGCUGACUGAAGACCCGCUCUUCUUCUCCCAGUGUCACUCCGUCUAUGGUAUCGAGUCUCUGGUGCGCAGUUUGAAGGAGGCUCUGCGGCUGACCAGCCUCGAAGUGCCAAAACAAGGUUUGCUGCUGCUGACUGAAAUACUGGAAAGACAGCCCCCGAGCGUGCAUCUGUUUCCCAGUGGCCCAGGGUUUGUGGCGGUCUCAGAGGCUGUGGUGGCUGGAGUCUCCUGCUCUUGCCUGCUGGUAGCCACGCAGGCCGCCAGCGCCGCCUCCGCCUUGUUCAGGCUAAAUCACCAGUCCAGACCAGUCCAGUACAAGGAAGUAGAAGGAUUGAUCGAGACCAUCACUAGCAGAUUCUGUGAGCUGCCUCUGCCCUCCUCUGCUCAUCGACAGCGGAUCUCUGGGAGUCUGAAGCGGCUCGAUCCUAGCAGCCAGCUUUCCAAGUCUGAACGAUUUCUGCUUCAGGCCCUGGUCUGUUUUCAAGCUGCCUGCAGGUUGGCUGAACAGUGUGCGUCAGAGCCUGUUCUGAGGGAGAACACGUUCACAGCUCCAUAUAAACACAACAACGAUCAGGACUCGGUGGAAUCUCUAUGCCAGUGUCUGCUGCGCUGCUGCGACUCCGUCUGGAUACCCACCGUUAUUAAGAUGUGUGAGCGUGCACCCAACGCCAAGUCACUGCAGUACUUCUACUCCAUCUUAUCUUCACAGUUCAUCCUACUUCCAGCUCUCAUGCCUGCCUUUGCAUGUAAACUCGCCUCCUCCGGUUUCUACAGGCUGGCUGUGGAGCACAAAGGCCUCUGUGCAGGAAACAGGAACCCAGAUCUGAAUGCAUCUUGCUGUGGUUUUCUACAGAAUCUCAGUGUGUGUCUGCUUUCCCGGUCAGACCCUGCUUCUGGUUCCUACCACCAUGGGGCCUCAUUAAGUAGAGAAUCUUCUGCCUGUGCAGCCUUCCGUCUCUGUGCUGCCAUCUGUCAGACCUGGCCCUCUCUGCUGUCUGAAUAUAAAGGACCAAGGGCCACCCAGUACUGCCUGGUGAUUAGUGCUCCCUUAGCUCUGCAGCAUGGAGACAGGCUCCUUCCAGACCAGACCGUGUUUUCCAGUGUGGUGCGGCUGCUGCGUUCAGUGCAGGAGCAGGGCAGCUGUGCCUUGCCUCCCUCUGUGCUCCGCUCUGCCCUCUACCUACUGGCAGUGACACCAGGAAAGAACCCCAGCCUUGACGGGGCUUCUUUGAACUGCAUCAGCAAGGCUCUCUCCUCCUGCCAAAGCUUCACUUCCCUCUACUUUCACCAUCCUGCUCUCCUCCACUUCAUCUGUGGCUAUCCAGAGCUCGCAAAUAAAUUUGAGCCCCUGGUUUUGGAACUUUGGUUGACCAAGCAAACUCACCACCCCAAUGUAGAGCAGAUCAAGACAGACAUGCAGAGGAAGGAUGAGAAGAGAGAAAGUCACGCAAAUGAGGCUCAGGAUCAGGAGGUGGACCCAGAAACCGUGGAGCUGCUGACUCUGAUGGACAAAUAUCCAGCUGUCAUUCUCACCCUCCUGGACAUGGUUUGCACCAGAGAGGCUCCCCUGGCAGAGCGAGUUUUAGGUGUGAUGGAGGUUUUUUUGCACAGCCAGAGAGACUAUGACACAGACUUGUGUGCAAAUCUUCGGACGGCCCUGCUCCAGGCUUUGCAGCGAGUUAGCGUGGAGAACGUGGGCCAUCGGCUUGGACAGGGAAACCCUGCACAAGUGAAUUCACUCCCUCUGCUGCUGAAGCUGCUUUGUGCUACACAGACCUGUGACCCGCCUUCAACCUCCCCCUACAGUGAAAUGGAAGGAGCGCACUUCAAGCUGCUCUACCAUGUGAGUAACACAGCGGCGAGACUGAAGCCUACGAACACAGAGAGCCUCCUGCCUGCCCUCAGCUACUUGUACUGCUGCCUGAGUCUGCCCCCUGCACACUGCACUGACAGAGCUGUCUCCAUGCUGCUCUCCAACACUGGGCUGAUGGAGCAGCUGCAGACAGUCAUCUCCUCCUCCUCUGCUCCAUCCCUCUCCCCACCAGCCUGUCCUCCUUUGGCCUUGCGGUGCUGCUGCCAUCUACUCCUGUCCUCCCUCAUUACCUUGCAGCGCGUUCACUCCGCUCAGGUCCAUAAGAGCAUCAGCUGGAGUCUGGACACAGCUGUGCAGCGACUUCUUCUUCAGAAAAGAAACACAGACAAUCUCCUGCUGGGUAACUGUUUGUCAGAGUUUGAUCCUCAGUGGAGCUCAUUUCAACUGUUCCUCUGCCCCUCCUGUGCGCUUCUGUUCCCUCUGCUACUUGAUUUUACUGUCUAUUUCCAUUUCACAUUUUCACUUCCCACUCUAUAUGCUCACAUACUCACUCCCUUCUGUCGUGUUGUGAAUCUGUUUCUCCUGUGGGCCGCCACAUUUGUUUGCCUACUCCUCUUUCACUGGCUCUCCUGUGUGUUGAGCCGUUCCAUCAUUCUGUUAAUUCCCUUUGCCUUUCCAGCCAUUUACCAGUCUGCUUUUCUUCCCUCUCGCUCUCAUUUUCUCUUUGCAGUAAGCUACUUGAGGUUGCUGCAGGCUCUGCUUGAUGCUGACUUUGCAUCCGCUCUGGUGUUUGUGAGCGCUGGUCCUGGCUUGGUGGGGGCCAAACCUCUCGGGGUGGAAGACGGUGCUCUGUACCCGCUUGGUUCCAGAGGGGCCCGGUGCCUCUCAACUGCCCUCAGUGGACUUCUUUUGCAGAAGCACGAGUUGCUGUUGAGAGCCUCUGUCAACUGUCUAAGUUCCCUGCUGGGCUUCCUUCAGAGGAAGAGUCCCACCACAGCCAAAAGCGUGGUGUGUCAACCAUGGAGUCGAUUUCUCCUCCACUGCCUGCUCAGCUCAGGAGAGAACUGCCUACUUCACCCUGCCAUUCUCAGACUCAUCGCCCUUCUACUGCAGGACAGCAGUACAACGGUGCUGUGGGAGCCUGACCUGCUUCAGGUGAUGGAGGCGGUGGAGAGGAGGGGGGUGAAGGAACUGAGCCAGGAAGCAGCGCAGGCCCUCAGGCUGCUUCUGACACAGAUCCAGAGCAGUGUUCUGCUACCCACAGAGGAGCAUAAGCAGAGAGUGGAGAACAUGAUGGAGGCGCUCGGACCGCAGAUGCCCGUUGUGAACUGCAGCCCCGGUCUAUCCAGCAGCCUCCUACGUGCUGGUGAUGUGUCCAUCUGUCUCUCUGAUUUUACCCUGAAAUCAGUCUGAUGUUCUGGUUAACUGAUGCAUAUGAUUUAGUAAUUAUCACAUUGUCACUGGCAAUUGUUUUAAUGUUCAUUGACACAAUGUACUUGCUGUGAUUUACCAUUCUCCUCUAAAAGAUGCACAUCCUCCUUAAGGUUUAGUGUCACAGUGAAAUAAUUUACCAAAUGUAUUUGUGAAAGUAGUUUAUUUACAGCAGACUUAAAGGAAAGAUACAUUUUUUUGAACGAUUAAAAAUCUGAUUAAAAAGUCAUUUGUGCCUGUUCACAGAGAGACAUCUAUAA